AUGCUUCUCGGUAUCGCGCCGUCUCCGGCCGCCGUCGCCGCGGCUAGCCAGCUCUCCGCGUCAGUCCCGCCGCCCGCUUCCGCGAGGUUGCCGUUCGCGAAAGGGUCCACGGUGGCGUGCAGGGCGGCAGCCAAGGGGAGGAAGGAGGAGGUGCUCGUCAGCGGGGUGAUGUUCCAGCCCUUCGAGGAGCUCAAGGGGGAGCUCUCGCUCGUGCCGCAGGCCGGCGGCCAGUCGCUCGCCAGGCAAAAGUUCGUCGACGAAUCCGAGGCCGCCCUCAACGAGCAGAUCAACGUGGAGUACAAUGCCUCGUACGCGUACCACUCCCUCUACGCCUACUUCGACCGCGACAAUGUCGCCCUCAAGGGCUUUGCCAAGUUCUUCAAGCAAUCGAGCGAGGAGGAAAGGGAGCACGCUGAGAAGCUCAUGGAGUACCAGAACAGACGUGGAGGGAGGGUGAGGCUCCAGUCCAUUGUGACCCCAGUAACAGAGUUCGACCACUCAGAGAAAGGCGAUGCUCUGUAUGCAAUGGAGCUGGCUCUAGCUCUUGAAAAACUGGUGAAUGAGAAGCUGCACAACCUGCACACUGUAGCAACAAGGUGCAACGACCCUCAGCUGACCGACUUUGUUGAGAGCCAGUUCCUUCAAGAACAGGUUGAAGCCGUGAAGAAGAUCUCGGAGUACGUGACUCAGCUGAGGAGAAUCGGCAAGGGGCACGGGGUGUGGCACUUUGAUCGGAUGCUGCUUGGGGCCUGAAGUACAGGGCAGGAGGUGCUUGAUGCAUUUGGGUCACAACUGUGAAGUACUCAAGUAAUGGAUCAACCAACCACUGGAUGUGGUUCUUGAGGGAUUUCUGUAUGCGUUCUUCUGCAAAAGAACAUGGCGAACUGGAGGUACACCAUGUGAAUGAUGUUACUUGUAUCAUUGUAUGCAUAUGCUGCUGGUGGAGACAUUAAUUUGAAAUUCGCAAUAAAACGAGGUAGAUAUGGUGGGCUCUUCAA